AGCCCACAGUUCGGAUGCACCGAUGUUGGGGGAGCGUAUGUGGGUCCCACCCAGACUCACAUCCUGCGGCUGGCGCGGGAGCUGGGGCUGGAGACUUACCCCGUGGACCAUACCCAAUCCAGCCUGCUGGAGCUUCAGGGCACGGUGCGGCCUUUCAGGGGCGUGAUCCCACCUGUCUACAACCCCAUUGGCCUGUUGGACCUCAGCAACACCAUGGCAACCGUCGACAAGAUGGCCUCCAAGAUCCCCCGGGAAUGUCCCUGGGAAUAUCCCGGUGCCCAGGAGCUGGACUCGAUAACAGCCAAGGAGCUCAUGGAGAGGAUCACAUGGACUGGGUACGGCGGGGGUGGGGGGCACUGACUGCAUCACCCCCCA